GGAAACAAUUAAUCCAGAACAGAAAACUGCUACCAUGUCUAAUGCCACAUUUGUUCACCCUGCAAAAUUUUAUAUCAGUGGGUUUUCUGACAUCCCUCAUGUUAAAUAUUUGUAUGUCUUCCUGUGUUUUGUCUAUAUCAUGACUGUUCUUGGGAAUGGCCUCCUCCUCUCAGUGAUUUACCUGGACAAGACUCUUCAUACUCCUAAAUACAUGAUUGUGUUCAACCUGGCUUUUAUAGAUUUGUGUGGGAGCACUGCUCUCAUCCCAAAAGUCAUGGACACCUUUUUGUUUGGCAACAGAUAUAUUGUCUAUGAGGCUUGUUUAAAUUACAUGUUCUUUGUUUGGUUAUCUACGAGUGUGCAGUCGUGGACACUUGUGAUUAUGGCAUAUGACAGAUUUAUAGCAAUUUGCUUUCCUUUAAGGUAUCAUAGUAUUGUGACCGAAGCAGCUAUUGCCGUAAUGCUGCUGUUUGUGUGGGUUUUUAUGUCAUGUCUAAUAGCAUGGAUGGUUGGUCUACUUAAUCAACUCUCCUUCUGUGGAUCUGUAGUGAUACAGAGUUUUUUCUGUGAUCAUGGACCAACAUUCCGUCUGGCCUGUAAUGACACUUCUUUAAAUUAUAUAAUAGCAUUUAUUGUUUUUACUACAAUUGACUGUAUUCCUCCUAUAUUGAUAGCAUUGACAUAUAUUUGCAUUGCCAUAGCACUGAGCAGGAUUGCUUCAAGACAGGAAAGACUCAAAGCUUUGAAAACUUGUAUUUCUCAUCUGAUUAUUGUGGGGAUUUUCUUCCUACCACUUUUGGGCACUGACUUGGCUGUACUGACCUCCUACAUCCAUCCUAAUGCCAGGAUCAUAAACUCUACCACCAUACCUCCGUUACUCAAUCCAAUAAUAUACUCUUUAAAAACAGAAGAGGUGCUGAACUCUAUCAAGAAACUCCUCAAAAACAAUAAACUGAGCAGCAUAACCUUUUCCAGAAAGGUUACCUCUUUACCAUGA